AUGGCAGCAUUUCGAACACGACUAUGGCCUCGCUGCGGCUUUCCCAAAAAUGCGGCAAGUCUCAACAACUUGCAAAGGCGCCACUACGCUUUAGAGGCCAAUGAUUUUGAAGGCAUGCUCAAGCAAAAGUCCUUAUGGGAGACAUUCCCCGAUCACAUCCAAAAGCUCGCAGUCUUUCACGCCCGGGCCAACAAUUACCAAAUACCCCUGAUAUCGAAAGCAGCUGCAGGAGGACUCGACCAGAAGAAAGCCUACCACGUUGCAGCCGCCAUUCGGCAGUUACGAGAAAUGAAUGGCGAGAUUGCUGCUGGACGCAAAAUUGGAUUUACCAAUAACGCAUUACGGAAACAAUACAGCAUCGAUGCCAGCAACUGGAGCUACGUCUAUCGUAAUACCGUAGUGGAUAUUCCGGCAGAAGGUCUCAAGGAAGGAAAGUCGGUGCUAGCGAACAUCUCCCAUCUUUCUCAAUUAGAACCCAAGAUCGAGCCUGAGAUUAUCUUUGGGUUGAAACAGCCUAUCCAGUCGACCAUGAACGAUGUCGAAAUGCUGGAAUGUGUAGACUGGAUAGCACAUGGCUUCGAGAUUGUGGCAUCCAUCUUUCCUGGCUGGAAGUUCACUGCGGCAGAUACGACUGCGGCGUUCGCUCUGCAUGGACUUCUGCUCGUAGGUCCCCCAAUGCAGCUAGCAGGCCACUCGCAGAACUCGGGUGCUUUGCUCGAGAACCUUCCAAGUUUCAAUGUUGAGCUGUAUCGGAAUGGGCAGAUGGAAGAUAGUGGGACGGGUAGCAAUGUCCUGGGGAGCCCUCUGAACGCAUUGAGACAUCUGGCAGAGCUCCUUGAGAAAGACGACCACAAUCAACCUCUUCAGGCAGGUGAGAUCAUCACUACUGGAACUCUGACGAAAGCGUCGAGUAUCAAGAAUGGCGAUACGUGGAGUACUAAACUUCGUGGGAUUGAUCUGCCUGGACUCAAUGUCACCUUCCGUGUAUGA